AGAUUAAAGAGAAGAAAUUGUCAAAGGGCUUUACACAAAAGUAUGAUGGAUGGAGCAGGUGAAAAGCCAUUUCAUUGCACUGAAUGUGACAAAUCCUUUGAAGCAAAACAUUUUUUAAUUAAUCAUCUGAGGAUUCAUACAGUGGAAAAGCCAUUUAUAUGUUCAGAAUGCGACAAGAGCUUCUCUCAAAAGAUUCAUCUUAUUCAGCAUCUGAGGAUUCACACAGGAGAGAAGCCAUAUCAUUGUUCUGAAUGUGAUCAAAAAUUUUCACAACAAAGUUCAUUGACUGAACACAAGAUGAUUCACACAGGAGAGAAGCCGUAUCAGUGUACUGAAUGUGAUACAUAUUUUUUCAAAAAAUCAAAUCUCUCAAAACAUCAGAUAAUUCACACAGGAGAGAAGCCAUAUCAUUGUUCUGAAUGUGAUCAAAAAUGUUCACAACAAAAUUCAUUGACUGAACACAAGAUGAUUCACACAGGAGUGAAGCCGUAUCAGUGUACUGAAUGUGAUAAAUAUUUCAACAACAAAGCACAUCUCACAAGUCAUCAGAGGAUUCACACAGGAGAGAAGCCUUUCAGAUGUUCAGAAUGUAACAAGUGCUUCUCACAAAUAUCCAAUCUUUAUAAACAUCAGAGGAUUCACACAGGAGAGAAGCCUUUCAGAUGUUCAGAAUGUAACAAGUGCUUCCCAGAAAUAGCCCAUCUUUAUAAACAUCAGAGGGUUCACACAGGAGAGAAGCCUUACAGAUGUUCAGAAUGUAACAAGUGCUUCUCACAAAUAUCCAGUCUUUAUACACAUCAGAGGAUUCACACAGGAGAGAAGCCUUACAGAUGUUCAGAAUGUAAUAAAUGUUUUACAAAUAAAUCAAAUCUGAUCGAUCACCAGAGGAUCCACACAGGAGAGAAGCCAUUUAGAUGUUCAAAAUGUGCAAAAUCUUUUAAAACAAAAUCUAAUUUCAUUUGUCAUCAGAGGAUUCACACAGAGGAAAAGCCAUUUAUGUGUUCAGAAUGUGACAAGAGCUUUUCACGAAAGGAACAUCUUAUUCUGCAUCAGAAGACUCACACAGGGGAAAGGCCAUUUAUGUGUUCAGAAUGUGACAAGAGCUUCUUACGAAAGGAUCAUCUUAUUCAACAUCUGAGGAUUCACACAGGAGAGAAGCCAUACCAUUGUUCUAAAUGUGAUCAAAAGUUUUCACACGAAAGUUCAUUGACUGCACACAAGAUGAUUCACACAGGAGUUAAGCCAUACCAGUGUACUGAAUGUGACAAAUAUUUUUACAAAAAAACAAAUCUCACAAAUCAUCUGAGGAUUCACACAGGAGAGAAGCCUUUCAGAUGUUCAGAAUGUAACAAGUGCUUCUCCGUAAUAUCCAGUCUUUAUACACAUAAGAGGAUUCACACAGGAGAGAAGCCACAUCAAUGCUCUGAAUGCAAUAAAUAUUUUAGCACUAAAGCAAAUCUUGUGAAACAUCACAGGAUUCACACAGGAGAGAAGCCUUUCAGAUGUUCAGAAUGUAACAAGUGCUUCUCAGAAAUAUCCAGGCUUUAUGCACAUCAGAGGGUUCACACAGGAGAGAAGCCUUUCAGAUGUUCAGAAUGUAACAAGUGCUUCUCAGAAAUAUCCAGUCUUUAUGCACAUCAGAGGAUUCACACAGGAGAGAAGCCACAUCAAUGCUCUGAAUGCAAUAAAUAUUUUAGCAAUAAAGCCAACCUUGUGAAACAUCUGAGGAUUCACACAGGAGAGAAGCCACAUCAAUGCUCUGAAUGUGAUCAAAAAUUUUCACAACAAAAUUCAUUGACUCAACACAAGAUGAUUCACACAGGAGUGAAGCCGUAUCAGUGUACUGAAUGUGAUAAAUAUUUCAACAACAAAGCAAACCUCACAAGUCAUCAGAGGAUUCACACAGGAGAGAAGCCUUUCAGAUGUUCAGAAUGUAACAAGUGCUUUUCUGUAAUAUACAGUCUUUAUACACAUCAGAGGAUUCACACAGGAGAGAAGCCACAUCAAUGCUCUGAAUGCAAUAAAUAUUUUAGCACUAAAGCAAAUCUUGUGAAACAUCACAGGAUUCACACAGGAGAGAAGCCUUUCAGAUGUUCAGAAUGUAACAAGUCCUUCUCAUUUAUAUCUCAUCUUACUCGACACAUGAGUAUUCACACAGGAAAGAAGCCACAUCAGUGUCCUUAA